UGAAUUGACUUUGAAUUCUUCCAAUGGGAAGCACAAGUUGUGCAUAAUUGCUAAGUUUCUUCCCCCCUCAUUGUUGAGAUUGUUCAAAGAAAUUGAGAGUUGCUCUUUCAUUCUGCUAUUUAUACCUAGUCUCAUCUACUGUCGGAGGCAGCAAAGCAAUUUGACAAUGGCUGAGCUGGUAGCGGGAGCUGCCGUGGGACUUGCCUUCACGGUCGUUUAUGAAAGCGGUAAAUCUCUGUAUAAAGUUUUCAGAAGCAGUGAUAAGAAGGAACUUGAGCAAACUGUGAGUGGUUUGUUGCCGAUCCUGGACGAGAUAUGCGAAGUGAGUUUGGAUCCGACAUCGGACUCGUGGGUGCCAAUAAUUCAAGAUUUCCAUAAGAAGCUCCAACUGCAACAGAAUCGCAAGCCAAGUAUAAUCCCCUACAAGAACGUAAAUCACAAAAAGAAUGUGGAGAAGGAGAUCACCAAAUUCGCGCAAAAUGAGUGUGUGCCCAGAAUAGCAUUGAAUCAAAUUAAAUUGCUGAAUUCUUCCCAAAAUAUGAAGGAUUCCGUGGAAACUUCGUGUGAAUUAAUAAGGAAUUUAAGCAUGCAUCAAGAAAUUGGUUUCAACACUGUAGACUCAAACUUGAUGAAAAACAUGCUGAUUUUUCCAGGCAAAUGUGUAAGAUUUCACAGCAGGAUAGGGAACUCUGUGCCCUUCCAGAUACGCCGAGCUGCUUGGUGGGAUUCGAGAAGCACGUGAUGGAGUUGAAAAAGUUUGUAUUGGAGGGCGGAGUGGACGUGGUUGGAGUUAAGCAAUUGGCGGAGCUGGAAAAUCAGCACUUGCUAUAGCCCUUUGCCAUCAUCCUGAAAUCCAAGAGUUCUUCAAAAAGAGAGUAAUAUACAUUGUCGUUUCAGAGAGCUCAGAUCUCCUAAAUAUCCUCAAGACCAUGUGGAGAAACAUUGUUGGGGGGACACCACCUGAUUUUAGAAAUGUUGAGGACGCACACAACAAAUUGCAAUUGCAAAUAAAUUCAAGAAGAAAUGAACCGAUUCUGGUGGUAUUGGAUGACAUUUGGCAGUUUUCUGACCUAAAAGAACUGUUAUUCAAAGGGGAGCGAUACAUAACUAUAGUAACCACCAGAGAUAAAAAGACCAUCCAGUCCAUCCCACCAUGGUUCAACAAAGGCCAUUAUCCUCUACCAUCUUUGCAAGAGGAGCAUGCUAUUUCACUUUUUUGCCGCUAUGCCUUUGAGUUUGGCAUGUCUACCAUUCCAGAUACACAUAAUCAAGAACUGGUCAAACAGGUACAAGAAGAGUGCAAAGGUUUGCCUCUAGCUCUUCAGGUAAUUGGUAGCUCUCUGAAUGGUGAGCCUGACCGUGUUUGGGAAGCUACUAGGGAUGCGCUUGCAAGAGGAGAAGCUGCAGAUGAUAAUCAAAUAAAUGUCCUUCUUAAGCGCUUGGAAACAAGCAUAAAUGUGCUGAGUCUUGGUGAAAAGCAGUGUUUUUUGGACCUAGCCGUAUUCCCAAAAGGACAAAUCAUUCCUGCAGAUGUAUUGUUAGACAUUUGGGUGUAUGUCCGUCGAAUGAGACCGCAUGAAGCUGUUCUUCUUCUACAGAAAUUUGCCGCUCGCCAUCUACUAGACUUGAAGAGGGAUCCCUAGGAAGAUUGCUACUUAUUUCAACUGUUUUCUACUUGUGCUUUAUACUAGAUUCGCUUGAUGCAAAGGGUUUUCAGAAGAAUUUUCAAAAGAAAUGUUUAGCCUCACCAUAUAGUAGUUCGAAUCUACUUGAAUGAUGUAGGUAUAGAUUUAUUUUAAGGUUUGGGAAUUGUGUGUUACUGAUUUGCAGAGAAAGUCAGACUCUGCUCUGAGUUUCAAAACAAACUUCAACCGGAGGAAAUCAAGUAGAAUCCUUUUUUAAUGUUA